CCCUGAGAAAGCUUAAGUUGGUGCUUUGACGCCCCAGUUGCUCCGCCCCUCCUUCAAAGUAUUUUAGGGAUUUGAUUACGUAGCGUCGAGUUGUUUUCUAUUCCUAACGACUGCAGACAGAUUUUCUCCAUAAUGAUCUAUCCCUAACCGGGCCUUUCAAGUCUCCCAACGGUGACAGCCACCGACUAUAUAACAGUCUUUCUACUUGCUGCUGAUGUCGUUUUGCGUUCCACCUUUCCCAACAUACAGUAGUUCCGAAGAAAACUUCCUUUUUCCUGCCUUUUAUCCAAAGAGCUUUAAUUUUAUUUAUGCUAUUGUGAACGUUUCAAACGCUUCCCCCCCCCGCAACGAAUUCGGAUGGUAUGCAGGGGGGGAAAAGAGGCCUUCCCUUGGCCGAAACCUAUGAAGAGAUGCAAGAGGUUAAAUGCGCGCGUAAUAGGCCGGCCACCCUCUUAUCUUCCACCUUCCGUUGAAACGGCCCCAAUGAACGGGGUUCUCUUUCCCAGCAGGAGCGCUUGCAGGGAACAAACAGUCUCAUUAAUUAAUGCGAGGUUCCGGAACACAUCUGGGGCCGAAAGCCGCGUGAAUUUCCCUAUUUUCCCUGCGCAGGCUUUAACGCCGAGGUCACCAGGGGCCGCUCUCACCUCACUGAGCGCAGCAGCUUCUCGGAGCUCUUCUCGCGGCUUCCUCUUCCGGCCAGCAGAGAUGGCGGCCGGAGCGAGCGGGGACCAGAGCAGCACCAGGGAGAGGCUGUUGUCUGCCUUGGACGAUCUGGAGCUGCUGGCCAGAGAACUGAUUGAAGUUUUGGCAAUUUCAAGAAACCAGAAGCUAGCACAACCUGGGGAAGAGAGCCAGAUCCUGGAAUUGUUAAUUCAGCGGGAUAAAGAGUUCCAAGAAUUGAUGAAACUAGCUCUUGAUCAAGGGAAAAUCCACCAUGAAAUGCAGGUAUUGGAAAAAGUUAUAGAGAAAAGAGACAAUGAUAUUCAGCAACUUCAAAAACAACUAAAAGAAGCAGAGCAUAUUUUGGCUACAGCUGUUUAUCAAGCAAAAGAAAAACUGAAAUCAAUAGAAAAGGCAAGAAAGGGAGCUAUUUCUUCUGAAGAAAUAAUUAAAUAUGCUCAUAGAAUUAGUGCCAGCAAUGCUGUCUGUGCUCCUCUGACUUGGGUGCCAGGGGAUCCCCGACGACCAUAUCCAACUGAUUUGGAGAUGAGAAGUGGUCUUUUGGGUCAGAUGAACAAUCCUUCAGCAAAUGGAGUUAAUGGACACUUACCAGGAGAUGCACUUGCAGCUGGAAGAUUGCCAGAUGUUCUUGCACCGCAGUAUCCCUGGCAAUCAAGUGACAUGUCAAUGAACAUGCUUCCUCCUAAUCAUAGCAAUGACUUUAUUUUAGAACCUCCUGGACAUAAUAAGGAGAAUGAGGAUGAUGUAGAGGUUAUGUCAACAGAUUCCUCAAGUAGCAGUAGUGACUCCGAUUAGGGCAUGUAUCUGAAUAACUUGAUUGUAUCAGAAAAAGAAAAUUGUAUAUCAUCAUUAUACAUAUUCUGCAUUCCAGAUGGAGGCUGUGGUACCAAGGAGGAAACUUACAAAUUCAUGAGAAUCAUUCUCUUGUAUUUGAUGAAUAUGACUUUAUCCAGAAUUUCAGAUAAUUGUUGGAAACAGGGUGGCGAUAGCCACUGGAAAUAUGUUAUGCUCUGACAUAAUUUAUUUUGGAAUUGUUUACUCAUAACAGUGUUUUUGCACAAAAUAAAUAUCUAUGAAGUUGCAAGUUAGCUGUUGAAUGUGAACAGAUACUGUUCUGUAAACAGCAAAGAAUUGCAAGGAGCAAAUGUCACUGAUUCCUUAAUACAUUUUUAUGGUAAGUCUUCCAGUCUUUCAAAAUGGAUCUUCAAGCAGCAGAGAUGUGGGAGAAAAUUCCAUUCUUCAACCCCAUGAACAGAAGCAUUGUAUGAGUAAUGGAUUCUAAUGGAGCUUUAGAUCCAAUAAUCUUUCCAAUUGCAUAAAAUCAGAAAAUAUUUGUCAUGGUUCUGAAAGAUGAAGCUUUUCAAAGAACUUUGAGGCAUUGUUUACCUUAAAGAAUCUUUUAAUUUGCAACAUAGCUUCCACACCUACAUAGUGAAGCCAAAAUCUAAAUUCUCCUCCCCCAAGCACACAGUAACAAAAGCAUAACUGACUCCUUCAUUUAAGUCAUUAAUCACAUUCUCCAAUUAGUUUGAAGUGUGAACUUUCCCUCCAGUUAUCUCCUCUUAUUACAACUAACUUUGAAGAAUUCUACUGAGAUAUUGUUAUGGCUAACUAGUGGCCAAGCACAUUCUUUCCCCCCUCCUCCCUUCCAGCACCAUCUAAUUUUAACUCUAAAAGUAACACACAGGUUAAAUAGAAAAUGUCUGCAUCUUCAUAUAUUGUUAAGCACGAACAUCCAAUGUUAGCAGCAUUGACAAUAUUAUUUAGAUGAGACUUCCCCAGCCUGCUACUUUGCAUGUGUGUUAGUUUGUAAUAUUCUACCAGCACUCCCACUUCUAGGCUUUUUGUCAUGAGAGUUGUAGCUCAAUGCAUACAAACAGCAUGAGGUUAUAAAAUAAUAUAUGAAUUUUACUAGUAUGAUUCACUCACAAUCAGGUUGUAUACGUUUGUAGUGAAUAAAAGGUUUUAAAUAUAAAA